AUGGCACGGCACAAGUCGAGGGGACGUCGCAAAAAUCCAGAGGGCCUCAAAAAAUCCUUGCCUUUAACAAAAUGUUUUCAGAGUAAAAUAGGUCCGGGGGUUGCGCUUGGAGCUAUGGAAUUUCUGAACCGGGCGUCAAGUAACUCGAGAUGCAGAAUUCAGAAGAUGAUCAAUGACAAAGAUUUCGUGCAAUGGAGGGAAAAAUUACAGCGGACUCCACACUACAUUCGGCAGCAAUUCGAGAUCGGGACCGGGGCAAUCACAUGUGAUGAAGGGUUUGAUAGCCUUGAAAAUGAGUUCAAAAAAGUCGAAAGCAGCGUUGCAGCACUUGUAGCUUAUCACGACGCUUUCACAGAGGCCCUCAGUGCUUUUACAGAACAUGCCGUCAAGAUCCGAGAUCUUUUGGAGCUAAUUUUGGACGUGAAUUGUUCUAGUGCGUCUUCAAUGCCGCUAAGCUCUGCCAAAUCUGCGACUUUCAAGGAUCCAGGCUCGGAAUCACGUCGCGAACAGGAAUGGAUGUCGUCGGUUGGCCUUAUGACUGCUGCUGGCUCAGCGGCACCAGCACAACCUCCCCGGGGGCCAAAUCUGCAGUCGAAGAUAGGUGAAGAUAUUAUGUUUUUGGAAGACCGAGUGAGACAGCCGCUCGCUGUGAUCAAAGAUCUGUGCAUACGGGUACGAAGAACGUUACGCGAAAGACAGAUACUCGUUGCGGACCUGAAUUUUGCGACCAAUAGGUUCAAUCGGCUAGAAACCCGGGCCAAGCUGCACGAUGGCGCCGAUUGUAAGCCGCGUGAACGAUUGCAGGCGAGGCGAGACCUUGAACUGGAAAAACUGCGCUACGAGUCGCUCAACGUGAUGCUAAAAUCGGAGCUGGCCGUCUUUUUGGACGCUUUCAAGCAUCUCUUGCGAGAUUGGUUUUCAAACUUUUACUACAACGUCUACACAAUAUACUACAACCUGCACAUGUUUUCGACCAAAAACAAAGCAACGCUACAAAAACCGGACGGGGGCCUGCCCAGCUGGCAUACUAUUGUCGAGGACUUCCGUGCACGUGCCGAGCUCCUGGGCUCUCCUAAAGUGUGCCUGUCAUUGCCAACGCCAGAUCACCAGCCGUCUUUAUAG